UUGAUCUCCCUCCUUAUUUUAGUCAUCAAGAGGUUAUAAGUGGCUACGUCAUCUCUGUGUCUUGUUCAGAUGGAUCCGUCAGAAUUACGUUGUAAGGAGUGUUACAAAAAGGCGAGAACACACUACACACGAGAUUCAGUAAGAGCGUGUUUGGCUAGACUAGAAGACAUCAUCAUAUUUGCUUUGUUUGAAAGAGUCAAAUUUCCUUUGAAUCCCCCAACGUACGAUCUGUUUGACGGCUUCGUUCGUGAAACAGAGGCCCUUCAAUUCCAGGCAUAUAGAUACGAUAAUCCUGAAGAAAAUCCGUUCUUCCCAGAAAAUUUACCUGCAACACCGUUUCCCUUUCCAGAGUUUUUGCAAGGUUCAGGUGCUUCGAUUAACAUAAAUAAGGAAAUUUGGGAAAUGUACUUUCGUGAGCUACUUCCAAAGUUUGUUAAAUGCGGUGAUGAUGGCAACUAUGCGCAAACUGCUUUUGUCGAUCUUAAGUUGUUGCAGGCCAUCUCGAAAAUGAUUCAUUAUGGAAAAUUUUGUGGUGAGGUCAAAUUUAGAGAAGGUCGUUCAGUCUACGAACUUUAUAUUCGUGCCAAGAACAGGAAAGCAUUGAUGAGAAUGUCAACAAUUGAUAGCAUUGAAAAUAUGGUGAAGGGGAGGGUUGAAAGGAAAGUCAUGGUGUUUGGGCGGGAAGUGAGCCAAGAACAUGAUUUCAAGGGAGAGGUUUCUAUCUUAUACGAGAAAUGGUUAAUUCCACUCACAAAAAAGGUUGAAACCGAAUACUUACUAAAACGCCUCGAUUGA